CCGGCUGGGUGACACCACCUAGAUGCUUCAUUCGACAUGCAAAAGAUCGUUCGUUACCUCUGUCAGCUCUCGCUCACCCACAAUAGCCACCAGUUAGCUACCUUUACCUCAGAACCUGACUCUCCCUCACCUACAGCCAUUACUGGCCACCCGAGGGCAGCGGGGUUUCCUUUUUUUCGUACUGCAGUAUAUAGUAUUGCCUUCUUCCGUUGCUCUCCCGCCCUGCCCCGAUGUCGGCGCGGUAACCCCCAAUCCAAUGUCCCCUCCAAGCCACCCCUCCACAUCCUCCAUCUUAACCGGUCAUUUGGAGGAACUGGACCCAGGGCAGCGGGGGUGUCAAGUGCAGACAGCUUGCUACACUAGGUUUGCCAUGAGAGAGGGGUACCGGUAUUCGACGGUGUUGGGAGAUCCCUCCACGGUACUGGGGCACUGUUUCCGUCCUGCGACUGCGAGGUGGGAGGUUCCAAGUGCGAGGGAGUUAACCACCGCCGCUCGGUAUCUGCUGGCAAGCAGUGCGCAUCGUGGGCAACGCGCAGGCCGCAGUGCGGAUACAGAUAGCUACACUACAGAUACCGCAUACCAUUCUUGGUCGGGAUCCAGCCUACAUCGGACAGGGGGGGGUUGGCACACUGAUCCGGGGGGAACCUGGUGUAUGUACCUGGGCAAGUCCCUCGGCGUAUCUCUGCUGCGACGCUUGGUUGAUGCACAACUUGGACGUGACGGCACCUGCUGACGAAGGGUACUUGGGCCCCCGACUGGACUUCGUACCUUUUCGGCGCGGCACACGGCGGGUGAAGAGUCCAGCGGGGCGCGG